AUGGUCGAUGGCCGUCUGAUCAAACGGAAAUUCCUUUGUACAGAUAAUACGCCCAACAUCGUAUUAGCCGACACCGAAGAGAGGUGGGACGUUAGCGAUGAAACUCAAGAUGUCGAUCCCGAAGAGGACUGGGGCGUCGACCGAUUAACCUCGAUUUCUCGGUCUCGUUAUGAUCAACAGAAAAUUCACCAAAGAUUCUCG